AUGCCAGACGUCAACGGCAUCCGUUAUGAGUCAGGCGCAUACUCUGAAUUACCUUCCCCCUCCUCCGCUCCCGGACGUGUUCCCAAUCUAGCUAGGGGCGAUUCCCAUGGCACUCCCAGCGGCCUUCCCAUUGGCCUCUCCGGCGUCCCUCACUACGACCUUGCCUCCCGCUCUGACCAGAAGACCCAAACCAUCAUUGACCACCACCGGUUCAACGUCGGCGAGUCCCUCUAUUCUGAGCGGGCCAGCAAGAUGUUUGAAAUUACUGGGAUCCGCCCUGCCUACACUUGGCACCCGGACACGUUGUUCGGCACGGCAGCCAUCUUGGAGCUGUUCUUCAAGAUUCUCUACGAUGAAAUCCUUGUCGAGUUUGCUACCUCCGGGCCCCUCAAUCGAACCAACGCCUGCAAUUUGGUCAAGUUUAUGGUCAAGUACCAAUGUUACUCCUGCAUCACCAUCGCCCUUGACAACUUGUGCCGCGUCGCUCUGCCCGCGAAUCCCACCCAUUCAUUUUCAACUGCGCUCAUUGCUGCCUGCAUUGCCGAAAGCCUCGAACACAUCGCCUGGCUACUCGACAAUGCGGUAAAGGACGCGGAUACCUGGGAGUUUGCAAACAUCGCGGAUCUCGACACGAGCGUUUCACAGUUCGACGUCCGUGGUUUCUCAACCGAUCUGCUCAAGAUGAUUCCUGUCAACAUCCUCUGCGCGAUCCUGCGCACGAACAAUCCCUCCAACUCUGAAAUCACUGGAUGGUCCCCUGGAAAAGUGUUCCUCUACAUCAUCCGGACCAGCUCUAAACGCUACAGCUAG